AUGGGUUUCUUCGACUUCCUCCAUGAACUCACGACCACCAGGCCUCAACCUCACCGUAAUCCAGACGCGCUUCUGAAGCUCUUCACGACGCCAAAGGCUAUUCAACACGAUGUAUCAUUCGACCUCACGACCACUAUUUCCUAUUCUUCUUCUAAUGCGCCCCCAUACUAUACUCCCCGCCCUUCAGGUCGACCCUUGUCGGCAAUGCCUCUUGAGCUGGUGCUCUCUAUCAUUGAAGCGGCAUGUUCCGAUGACGAACAUAAUUCUUUCCUAUCAUCUUGUGCUCUUGUUUGUCGAGCGUGGUCCUCAGCGGCUCAGAAACUUCUCUUCAGAUAUGUCACGCUUCGAACACAGUCCGCGUUUGAGCCUUUCAGCAGGGCAGUAGACCGCUCAACGGCGCACGGACGUGUGCUCGGAGACGCAGUUAGGCGACUGCAUGUGGUUUUAGAUCAUAAUCAGCCCUCAUCCCUACACCAGCAUUCCUUCGCCCUCGCCUUUACUAUGUGCCCCAACCUUUGCGAACUGAACCUCGCGCUGUAUGGUUGCGCUGCACCUGGUGUGGACAUCGUUGGUGCUCCUGAUAUUUUACGUAUGCGUCGCCCAGCACCUUCUUUUGACGCACACACUCUAUCGCUUCUCAAAUCAGGACCAAAGAUCACCACACUUCAGUUCAGCAAUUGGUCCGAGAAUCAACAGUCUAUUGUCCAGCUGCUUGAUGUUUGGCCUUCUAUCAAGUCCCUGUCAAUUGGUGGCACGCUACCACAAAUUCCCCCCAAUUCACCAGAACCCUUCUCAUGUGCACUUGAGGAACUUCGGUUAAAUUUCCAGACGUCGCCAUCGAUCGACUUUAUGAAAUGGCUCCUCCAUUCGUCCGCGGGAACGUUGCGCGUGUUGGACUUUGAACGAGAUCCAUCCACAGAUCUCCUGGACUUCCUAACACGCGCACACGGACUUACUCUCCAAUCCAUGGCUCUUCCUGUCUAUUCCUCUACCGAGCACGCCCUCAGCGUGAAUAGGUGCACGCGUCUUCGAACACUGCGAACCGAUCACCCCUCUACGCAACCUCUCCUUUACAAGAGACUUCCAGAAAGUUUGGAACACGUUGCCAUAGGUCUGGAUAGGGAUACGGCGCUCCAGCCGGUCAUCGAUAUUGUGAAAACCAGAGACACGCUGAAGGCGGUCACUGUUCAUCUCUGGAGAGGGGGGGAGAAACACAAGUUAUUGAAUGUCCUCAAGAUCGCUUGUGCUUACCGUGGCAUUGAUUUGAGGAUGUCGGAUGAUGUCAACACAUUCCGUACGCUUGCCACGUUCAACGUUGACUCCCUUCACCUGCAACAACUGAAUGGCCUCGUCUUCGUCCUUGUCUUCGGUGGUGUCCAACCUCGUUCGGGCUUCCAUGGGAGCUUCAGUGUCAAACACCCAGAGCUCAUCCUCAGGGAGGCCAAAAAGAAAGCAGAGCGUUACGGACAACAAGGAAUUCGAGCAUACAUAUCAAAUAACCUGGGAGACAGCAAUGCGCCCAGGACAAACAAACGCUUCCUAACUUCUAUCAUUAAGAGCACAGAUGACCAUAACAAGACGAUUCUGAAAGCUCAGGCUCUUGCAGCGCAGGAGAUCAAACGUGAACGGGAAGCCCAGGAGAAAAGAGAGAAACGAGCGCGCGCGGAGGAGGCCGCUGAUGCUGAGCGGAGGCGGCGGUCAGGGAAGGGUAAGAAGCGGAAGCGGGCGAAUGAGGAGGAGGGAUGGGAUAGAUGGGAUGGGAGGACGGCUGAACGCACGAGGAAGAGUCGGGAUUGGGCGACUUGGACUGGGAACGAUGAUGAUGAUGUUGAUUCUGAUGAGGAAGAGGCAUAUGGGAGGAGAACGAGGCGGAGGUAUCGUUCGCGAUCAAAAAGCAAGGAACGGGCAAAGGAGGGGAAGCACCAUUCCUCGCGAUCUCAUGCUGAUAGAGACGAUUUGACGUCUAGGCGGUCUCAUCAGGAGCGAAGCAGGACGUCAAGAAGAGAGCAGCCGGGCGAACGCGAUCGUGACUCCCUCGAGCGCGACGAAGAGGACCAUAAACGGCAUAGACGACAUAGAAGCAGAGACAAGCGUUCUCGGAGAGGCCGCUCGUCAAGGCACUCUCUAGGUAUCUCCUCGCCUCGUCGUUCGCGACCACUUUCUUCAUCGCGUACGGAGGAGUCUAUCUCCCCGAAAAAUCGGGAGAAAAGGUCACAAAAGUAUGCUUUGGACGAUUUGCACAAUGAAACUCCAUCUCCUCGACGCUCACUCUCCCCUCGACGUUCACCCUUCCUUCGACGUUCACCUUCUCUUGGCCGUUCUCAUUCUUUUCGACGGUCUUCUUCACGGCGUUCUCUUUCUCCACGUUGCUCUACUUCUUCACAACGCUCUACUUCUCCACGUCGCUCUCCUUCUCUUCGACGCUCCACGUCUCAACGACGAUACUCCCCUUCCCCUCCGCGUGCCCUUCCUCGUGCUCCUCCUCCACCUCCACGUGCUCCUCCGCCACCUCCACCUCCACCUCCUCCGCGCUCUCCGCCACCUCCACUCCCCAGCUCAGACCCAAAUACCGCUCUCGAUCGAGAAGCAGCCCUGAGACGGAAAUUAGAAGCUUCUCGUAAACAAGCCAUUGCAGGACCUUCGAAGCGUCGUCGCAGCAUCUCACCCGAUGACUCCUCGGUGUCCUCAGAUGCCAAACCCCGUCGCAGACGAUACAAAACUAAUUCAUCUUCCCAGACUCUCCCAACCCGUAACCAUUCUCGAUCCUGUUCCCGCUCACCCACUGCAGGCCCAAACCCUGCUCUCCAGCUUCCAUCAAAAAUGGAUAAAUAUUUCGAAGAGUCAUACGAUCCCCGCAUGGACGUCACGCCUCUCGCUGCGCCCAAGGUUCCUGCCACUGGUCUUAUUGACAACGCGGAGUUUGAAGGCUGGGACGCGAUGCUUGAGCUUAUCCGUCAGCGACGAGAGGACAAGAUGGAGAAGAAACGGUUGGAACGGUUGGGCAUUUCGACAGAGAAGGUCAAGGUGAAGAAGAAAUCAGUGACUACUACUAGUUCGAGCGCAGAGGUUGCUAGUCGCUGGGGUGGUGACUCUGUUAGUAUUAUGGAGAUCGAGUACAAGAAGAGAGGGAAAUCUACACAGAUGAAAAUGAUAUCCAAGCCUGGUUCCGUAGAUGUCAACGUUUGAACUCGCUAUCCAUAGAGCCAAAUUCAACUUCCAGGCGAUUAGGCCCUU